AAUGGCUGCUGACGUCUAUUUGGUUUGCUUGCAACAUGCUUUAUCUACUGAGAAAGAAGAAGUCAUGGGACUUCUUAUUGGAGAGAUGCUCUAACACAACCUAGCAAUGGAGGACUUUUAUUCCACAAGGGAAAUGGCAGAUAUGACUUACUGCUAUGGUUAAGCAGGUGGAGUUAAUCUAAGAUCCCAUAACCAGUACACUGAACAAUUUCCAGCAUGCAGGGUACCAUCUGUUUAGCUGUUCAGCCUAUUGUUCCUGCAUCUUGGGGAAACAGAUUCUGUAAACAGUGGAAGGCCUAGUUCAGUUUGUACACCUGGAAUUGAGGAAUGUGUUCUACAUGCAGUGGACAACAAUACUGGAACCAGUGUGCAGUGAAUAGCAGCAGCUGAAGAUUGAUUCACACAAAGUGGCACACAUUUCAGCUGUUGCAAUGCUGAGGCGGUCAGAUAAACGGCGUGACAGAGUGGAAAUUUCUCCAGAACAAUUGUCAAAUGCAUCAAACCUUGCUGAAAAGUUGGCUGGCCAGCUAAACCAGCCAAUGAGAGUAAUUGGUUGGUACCACUCUCAUCCUCAUAUUACAGUGUGGCCAUCUCAUGUGGAUGUGCAAACACAAUCAAUGUACCAGGUCAUGGAUCCAGGUUUUGUGGGAGUAAUAAUUUCUGUUUUCAAUGAAGAUAAGUCAUCAAAGGAGCAGAAAAUUCAAAUCACAUGCUUCCAGUCUGUCACUCAAAAUCCACAUGGAGAUUCUCCACAGUUCAGACAGCUGGAAGUACCUCUACAUAUAGAGCCAACGGUGUCACUAUCUACACCAAAUAUUCAGUCAAUGGCGGUACUGCCAGAAAUUCUGUUUCAAGAAGAAAAGGAUAGCUAUGACAAAACAACAAAGAUUCCUCAUCUGAACUACAUUGCACAGUUGAACAACAGAGCAGUACUAACCCAUGCUCUCUGCCGUAUUACUGAGGCCGUAUCUGGACCAUUACUGACAGCUCUGGAAAAAAGGAUAACUGCCAAUGAGAAGCGGUGUCAAGAGCUACAGCGUGAAAAGGAGGCUCUCCUGAAGUUAAGAUCAUCCAACCAAUAGAGAUUGCUUUACCUGUGAUAUGUGGAAACUGUGUGCUUGUGUUGUUACAAGGGGAUGCAAUGUGGACAAAAUGAAUUUAAUAUGUUGUGUAUACCCCCAAAUUACAAUAAAUGUCAGCUAAAAUCCUCUUCAGGAAAAUCUUGAA